UAUACAAAACACUACCUGCAGUGACAACUGAUGCCUCAGACAAUGUGUCUCUUUGUAUUGUUCUUAUUGGUAGCUUAUGCUACAUUCGCACAAAAACCAGAAUACUUGCAAAUCAGUGAUAAUUAUAUCGAUAAUCAAGAAAAACCUAAAAAUGCAGAUAUUGGUGAUUAUUUAAAUAACUUAGAAGAAGUAAAUAUAAGUUGCGAAGAAUCUAAAUGUGAUGGUAAUGGUAACAAUGAUGUAAAUUCGUCAACUACAAAAAAACCUCAUAGUUUUCAACUAUAUAAUAAGUCUUGUCCAAGUUUUAGACUACCACCCUUUUUCCCUAGACAGAAUUGCAAUAUAGACAGGGAAUGUUGGCCAAGAAUAUGCUGUGGGAAUGAUGGAACAAAUGGUAAAAAAUAUUGUAGAAUACCCGUACCAAAAUGGAAAAACAAAUUAAUGAAAACUAUUACAAAAAGUUUGAGAUCAAGCCAAUCAUUUUUACAGUGCAGUCAACCGCCACCUAAACGGUAUGAUCUAUUUCCACGAAAAUGUCGAACAAUCAUGGACUGUUUUCCAGAUCUUUGCUGUCCAGAAAACGGUAACAACAUUUGCAGGCCACCAAAACAAUCACUAAUGUCACUCAUGAGUCGAAUGUCAGCCUAUCGAACGCAAAAUUACUGACUUCAUAAAUAAUUUUCUUAUAUUGCUAUCUUAACAGUAUCACCUAGGCCCUUAUAUUCAGUUUUGAAUCUCUAAUUCUAAUUCUGUUUUUGUACCUAAAUAUUAAAAUUCACUCCUAAUCAUUUUUAGGAGACUUUUUUCUCGAAAAACCCUUAAAUACGAGCCUAAGUAAAUCUAAAACUGUGUUAUUAUAAUAAUCAACACCAAUUAUUAUGUUCAUUUAUACAUAUAAAGAACAUGUGUUAAUUAGAUAUUGUUAUGUCUAGUCAUAUUAAAUUUUAAUUUAUAAUAAUUUUUAAUCUCAAAUAUAAAUAAACGAAAAAUAGAUACACAUUAUUACUCUAUAUCAGUUUAAGUACUUUCAUAUGAUACAUUUAUGUGUUUAUAACUUUUGAUUGAGUCAUCUUAAAUAAAAUCUAAUAGCAAAAUGAAUAACUGGACAAUAUAACUACAAAAAAAAAUUUUGUAGAGAGCUUUCUCCCUGAUGUGUAUUGUAAUGUUAGUAACUCUUGAUUCUAUCUGUUAUGUAUGUGAUAUCAAUAAAUAAACAGUAAAUUAUAAUACUACAACAUGGUAGUGUGAACGAA